GACGGUUUGUGGACUUGUGGUGUUUGUAGUUUCCGCCUUUUUGCCGAAUAAAACCCACCGCUCUUCCUUCACUUCUAUCUCCACAACAGAAAGAAAAAUGGCGAGUUUGGCACUCUACUCUCCAUCGUCGGCCACCUCCGCCACAACUUCCUUCUCUAACCGCUCCUUCCCCCGCCUCCGAUCACGCACCUCCAUUUCCCCCGUCACUGCAACUCUCGCUCUCCGCCCCAUCUCCUCGCCCAAAUUCUCGCUUCUGAAUUCCAAACUUUUCCUCUUCAACCCGCUUUCCAAACCCAUCUCGAAACCUACGCCACUCAUUACCCGAGCUUCCUCCGCCAGCGAUAAGAUCUCUACUGCCACCCCCCAGCUCACUCCCAAACCCCAAGGUGCGAAGCCCAUUCCUUUGAUAAUCUCCGUCGCUAUUGGGCUUCUUGUCCGCUUUGCCAUCCCCAAACCUCCCGAGGUUUCUCCCCAGGCAUGGCAAUUGCUCGCCAUCUUCCUCUCCACCAUCGCCGGCCUUGUUCUCAGCCCUUUGCCGGUCGGAGCUUGGGCUUUCCUGGGGCUUACAGCCUCAGUUUUAACUAAAACAUUACCUUUCUCUGCUGCUUUUGGAGCAUUCACCAAUGAAGUGAUCUGGCUUAUAGUGAUUUCUUUCUUCUUUGCUCGUGGAUUCGUGAAGACUGGAUUGGGUGAUCGGAUUGCUACUUACUUCGUGAAGUGGUUGGGGAAGAGCACUCUCGGAUUGUCCUAUGGAUUGACUCUUAGCGAGGCCUUGAUUGCUCCCGCAAUGCCCAGCACCACGGCCAGGGCUGGUGGGGUUUUCUUGCCUAUUAUUAAGUCUCUCUCACUAUCCUCAGGGAGUAAGCCAGGUGAUCCUUCCGCGAAGAAGCUCGGAUCUUACUUGAUCCAGUCUCAGUUUCAGUCUGCUGGUAACUCCAGCGCUCUUUUCUUGACUGCUGCAGCGCAAAACUUACUCUGCCUCAAACUAGCUGAGGAGCUUGGGGUGGUAGUUUCAUCCCCAUGGGUUUCUUGGUUCAAGGCUGCUAGUUUGCCUGCAUUUGUUGCUCUCCUGGCUACUCCAUUUAUUUUGUAUAAGUUAUAUCCUCCUGAAACUAAAGAUACACCUGAAGCCCCUGCAAUGGCUGCAAAAAAAUUGGAACUUAUGGGUCCUGUUACCAGAAAUGAAUGGACAAUGAUUGGAACAAUGCUUCUUGCUGUCUCCUUGUGGGUUUUUGGGGAUGCACUUGGCAUCGCAAGUGUUGUUGCUGCCAUGCUUGGGUUAUCGAUUCUCUUGUUGUUAGGAGUGCUUGAUUGGGAUGACUGCUUAAGUGAAAAAUCCGCUUGGGAUACUCUGGCAUGGUUUGCAGUUCUAGUGGGCAUGGCAAGCCAGUUGACUAACCUUGGAAUUGUUAGUUGGAUGUCUAACUGUGUAGCGAAGUCUCUUCAAUGUUUAUCAUUGAGCUGGCCAGCUGCGUUUCUCAUACUUCAAGCAUCUUACUUCUGUAUCCACUACCUAUUUGCAAGCCAAACUGGCCACGUGGGAGCAUUAUACUCCGCAUUCCUUGCUAUGAAUUUAGCCUCUGGAGUGCCUGGUGUUUUAGCAGCAUUGGGUUUGGCGUAUAAUACUAACCUGUUUGGUGCUUUGACACAUUAUAGCAGUGGUCAAGCUGCUGUUUACUUUGGAGCUGGGUAUGUAGAUCUCCCGGAUGUGUUCAAAUUUGGAUUUAUAAUGGCUGUCAUCAAUGCAUUAAUUUGGGGAGUUGUUGGCACUUUCUGGUGGAAGUUCCUGGGGCUAUACUGAGUUAAAUUCAUGCAGGCAGGCCAUGUAAGUAGAAUUUUCCCCGCAAAUUCCUUCUCCCCGCUUUGUCAUAGAUAGCUGCUAGCAACAGCAAGUCUUUCACAUACUAGUGAAAAAGUUGGCGAGGCAUUCCCAUUUUCAGAAAUAAUUUACAGCUAAUAUUUUUCUUGGCACUCUGAUGGAUAUGAUGAAAUUCAAUUUUUGGAGGAGAGAAUCAGAGAGUUGACAUUUAUAAAAUGAACAUAUUCUUUUGCAGUU